GGAAGGUUUUUUCGUAAAAAAAAAAAAAACCUACCCAAUUCUCACUUUCUUUGAUCACUCUAUCUAAUUUAAUCCUAACUCUCUCUUAUAUUAUUUUUUUUUUCUCUCUCAUUUUCUUAGUAACCAAACAAAAAACUCAAAAAUGGAGAACAUCAACAACAACAACAAACAAGAUCUCGAAGAAGAAUUCAUUUUCCGAUCAAAACUUCCAGACAUUUACAUCCCAAACCACCUCCCACUCCACUCCUAUUGCUUCGAAAACAUUUCUCAAUUCAAAGACCGUCCAUGUCUAAUCAACGGCGCCACCGGAGAAACCAUCACCUACGCCGACGUCGAUCUCACCUCCAGAAAAGUCGCCGCCGGUCUUGACAAGAUCGGAAUCAAACAAGGUGACGUCAUCAUGCUUUUACUCCAGAACAGUCCUGAAUUCGUUUACUCUUUUCUCGCCGCUUCUUACAUCGGAGCUAUAAUCACUACCGCCAAUCCGUUCUAUACUCCGGCGGAGGUGGCUAAACAAGCGGCGGCGUCGAAAACUAAGCUUGUUAUAACCUUAUCUGGCUAUAUCGAUAAGGUUAAGGAUUUUACCAGUAAUGAAAAUGGCGGUGGUGUGAAGGUGAUGUGUAUCGACGCGCCACCAAUCGAGAGUGAGUGUUUACAUUUCUCGUUGCUGACGCAAGCUGACGAAAGCGAGAUUCCAGCUGUUAAGAUUCACCCAGACGACGUCGUUGCGUUACCUUAUUCAUCUGGAACGACUGGUCUUCCAAAAGGUGUGAUGUUGACUCAUAAAGGUUUGGUGACAAGUGUCGCUCAGCAAGUGGACGGUGAUAAUCCAAAUUUGUACUUUCAUCAAAACGACGUCAUUCUAUGCGUUUUGCCUCUUUUUCAUAUUUAUUCCCUUAAUUCCAUUUUAUUGUGUGGACUUCGGGUCGGGGCGGCUAUUUUGAUCAUGCAAAAAUUUGAGAUUAAUAAAUUGCUUGAGUUGAUUGAGAAAUUUAAGGUGACAAUCGCACCGUUCGUUCCGCCGAUCGUUCUAUCGGUUGCCAAGUGUCCCGAUCUUCAUCGGUACGACUUGUCGUCGAUUCGGACCGUCAUGUCGGGUGGGGCCCCGAUGGGUAAGGAGCUUGAAGAAGCCGUAAAGGAAAAACUUCCUCAUGCUAAACUUGGACAGGGCUAUGGUAUGACAGAGGCGGGACCCGUACUAUCGAUGUGCUUGGCCUUUGCAAAGGAACCCUUUCCUAUUAAAUCCGGCGCGUGUGGUACAGUCGUUAGAAACGCUGAGAUGAAGAUUGUUGAUCCUGAUACUGGCGCGUCUCUUCCACGUAACCAAUCUGGGGAGAUUUGCAUUAGGGGGAAACAAAUUAUGAAAGGUUAUAUUAAUGAUUUUGAGGCCACAAAGGGGACCAUUGAUGAAGCUGGAUGGCUCCACACCGGUGACAUAGGGUUCAUUGACAACGACGAUGAACUCUUCAUUGUCGAUCGCUUAAAGGAACUCAUCAAAUACAAAGGCUUCCAAGUAGCCCCGGCCGAGCUCGAAUCCAUGCUCAUCGCCCAUCCUAAUAUUUCCGAUGCCGCUGUUGUUUCAAUGAAAGAUGAAGCUGCAGGAGAGGUUCCUGUUGCCUUUGUUGUAAGAUCAAAUGGUUCCAAAAUCAGUGAAGAAGAUAUCAAGCAAUAUAUCUCAAAACAGGUAGUGUUUUACAAGAGAAUUGCAAAGGUAUUCUUCAUAGAAGAAAUCCCAAAAAGCCCAGCAGGAAAAAUCUUGAGGAAAAGUUUAAGAGCAAGACUUGUCACUGAACAAGCCAUUUAGGGGUUUUAAUUAUUUAAUUAUUAUUAUAAUUAUUAUAAUUAUUUCUUCUUUUUUUUUUCUUUCUCACUGAUCAUAUAUAGUUUGAUUAAGCCAAUAUAAUCAUCAUGAUCAAGUGUGAAGACUAGGUAAAUUGUGGGUUUAUUCUUUUCUUUUUUUGGGGCCAAUUUCUUUAACAAAUUCCCAAAAGGCAAGUCAACUAGGGGAGAAAAAUUGAAAGGGAAAAAGGCAAAUAUAUAAUAGUGAAUUUGUGUCUACUUGUUGUACUAAAUUUGUUGGAACCCAAUUGAUUAGGAUCCAGGGAAAGAGGUAUAAGUGCAUAUGAACUUUUGUAAGAAUUUGUUUAUGUAUAUGAUAUAUGUUGUUUUUAUCUCU